AAUCGGUCAUUUUGACAAGCAUUUUGUAUGGUGCACAACCACAGAGAAAACUCUACAGAAUUUAAUGUAUUUUCUUUAAUAUUUAUGUUAUUUGGUGUUCCCACACACCUAGCAAAAUUCCGUCGACAAAGGAAAGAAGAAUUCAGGGGUCGGUAGAGUCCAAACAGGGCGGAAGGGUCGUAUUCUUCACACAAGUCCCGGAGGGGUUUCUUCCACUAGGGAAGCUUAACUUCAACGCAGAUCCGCCCUGGGAUCCCAGCUAACAUCGGUUAACAGCAAGUGUUCUCGAAGGCCAGAGUGCUUAUAUAUCCAAUCAUUUCUGACUAUUCUAUCAGCUCUAAUCUUUGACAAAAAUGAAGACAUAUAUUGGAAAUCAGUGUUCAGUAGAGUUACUACCCUUUAGAAAACCAACUCAGGCAAUAGUUGAAGAGCAGGUUCAGCUUUUUGAAAGGGAGGAUCGAGAUGAUACCUUUAUAAUCUGUGACCUUGGUGAUAUCAUUCACAAGUACCAGCAAUGGGAGCGCAUGUUGCCACGAGUGAAGCCAUUUUAUGCUGUAAAAUGCAAUGAUGAUUAUGCUGUGUUGAAAGUUCUUGCCGACUGUGGCGCCAACUUUGACUGCGCAAGCAAGGCAGAAAUACAGAAGGUUCUUAAGAUUGGUGUGGCACCUACACGCAUUGUAUAUGCCAAUCCAUGCAAGCAAUCGUCUAUGCUGAAAUAUGCAGCAAAGAAGGAUGUGGCUUUGAUGACGUUUGACAAUGAGGCGGAGCUUCAUAAAGUCAAGGCUCUGUAUCCCGAUGCCAAGUUGGUGUUGAGGAUCCUGCCUCCCAGCAAUUUCAAGGUACAAUGUGAGCUUGGUAUAAAGUUUGGAUGUCACCCAUCCAAGGCUCUUCCUCUCCUUCAGACAGCACAGGCUCUUGGCCUCAAUAUCAUGGGUAUCAGUUUCCAUGUCGGCAGUGGAUGCAGUGAGGCUGAAGCCUUCGCUGUUGCCAUUCAGCAGGCCCGUGGGGUAUUUGACCUCGCUGUGGAGAUGGGCUUUAACAUGCAACUGCUAGACAUUGGAGGCGGAUAUCCAGGACAAGAGGAUGCUCCCAUCACCUUCCAUGAGAUAACUAAUGUAGUGAACAUGGCUCUAGACAAGUAUUUCCCUGCUGACGAGGGAGUAGAGAUCAUCGCCGAGCCUGGUCGCUACAUGGUUGCCUCUGCAUUCACCCUCGGUGUCAACGUCAUUGCAAAACGUGUGGUUGCAAGGGACCAACAUGGUGAAAAUGGAGAACUGAUGGAUGCUCCGACACUCUCUGAUGAGCCGGCUAUCAUGUACUAUGUCAAUGAUGGCGUGUACGGAUCCUUCAACUGUAUCCUGUUUGACCACCAGUCUGUUACAGCCAAUACCUUAAAGUCUAGCGAAGAUGAAAUGACUUACGAGAGCAGUAUCUGGGGUCCGACAUGUGAUGGUAUAGACUGCAUCCUUCAGUCCGUGCAGCUACCCAUGCACGAGGUAGGGGAAUGGUUUUACUUCUGUGACAUGGGCGCCUACACUGUGGCGGCUGCCUCCAGUUUCAAUGGUAUGCAGGGACCAGCUAAAGUCUACUACUGCCUUGAAGAACAAUGGAACCAGGUAUACACAGAAUCACACCACAAGGCUUCAGGUGGCAUCCCCAUAUGUAAGGUACCCCACAUGAAGACUGGGUACAGUCUGCAGGAUCCGUGCAUCCCGAACCUUCUAGACGACAUUCUGCCAUCCUCGUUCAAGGAAGGCUUCGUUGUUGGCGACAUCGGAGAUCACUGAAACACUGAAUUUGCACGAUAUGACUUCAUUUUUUAAUCAAGAGUUUUUCUUCACUUCCUUUUUUCAUUUCUUUAGAUGUGUAAUUUUUUCUACUAAAUUGACAUUUUGUAUCACAUUUCAAAUCCAUUUCCACCUAGUAGAAUACUGCAAUAACAGGAUAGAUUUACAAUGCUGAUGGUUUCUCUGAUUUUGGUAAAUAAUUAUCAUCCUAAAUGUAUUGCCUCACAGUUUUUAAUUUCGAAGUACAGAGCUAGUCAAUAUGAUAUGUUAUUUUAUUUAUAAGAAAUAAAUGGGAUCCAUCGAAGUGGAAUUUUGAAUCAGUUUUGGCAUUUGCAAAUAUCGUAUGACAGGUCUUUAUCCUGUUUUGCAGUAUACUGUGCACAAAAGUUUUACCCCACCAUAAAGCAGAUACUUCAAAAGUGUGUAGGAUAAGAUCUAAAAAAAGAUGGGACUUUUUCGGUGGUAUUGAAAACAGUGAUUGUUAACAUAAUGAACCACAAUCUGGAUUUUUUUUCACAAAUCUGGAUGGAACUCCUUUUAUCCAAAUUUUGUAUUCAUUGAUGUACAAAUGUAGUAUUUAGAUAAGAAAGAUAUUACUAUGGGGUCAUUAGAACAUUGUUGUGUACACAGAAUAUAUGAACAGUAUGUCUGUAUAUAACCAUCAUAACAGAAACUAUCUAUGUUAACAAAACUGAAAACUUAUCAGAAUAAUAUCAUGAACAGAAAGCAGUAUAAUGUUCCUGGUCCCAAAUUUGUGAUCUAAUCAGUUAACCAAGAACCAUUUAAAUCAUUUGUGACAAUGGAGCUGGAGUAAAACCUCUCUUGGGCAAAACCCCUGACAUAGAACAAUGGACAAAACCCCUCUUAAAAUUUCAAGGGAGACAAAAAAAACCCUGACCACUGGACAAAACUUCCCCACCUAUUUUAAGCAGGUAGGACAAAAUUCCUUUCAUGAAUAUUUUACAACUCAACAGAACAAAUGUAGGGGUUUUAUCCUACUUGUUCAAAAUGACAAUAGGGUUUCAUUUUCAAAAUCACAAGAGGGUUUCAUCUACCUUAAUUUUUUUGUGAGAGAGGAUUUUGUCUGCCUUAAAAUGUAAGCCGGAGUUAGAACAAUGGAAGAGGUUUUGUCCACUUCAUAAAAAAUUAACUGAAGAUCGGUUUAGUCCAGGAUGGGUUUUAUUUUACACUCUUAAAAACAAGCUUCAGAAUAUCAGCGAAACAUUGAAAUGUAGUGGUAAUGGUUAUAAAAAGCAUUUCAUUUUUUCAUCAAUUCAAAUUCAUUGGGUUGUUUUGUUAGAACAUAGCUUUGUAGAAAUACUGUGGGAUACACUUCACAAUUCAUGUUGGAUAUUGUAUAAACGUAAGAACUAUUGUCUAGAACAUCUUCAUACAAGGGAAAAUAUACAUGAUAGUGUUAUUAUUUUGUGUAGAAUGUCAUUAGGAUACAAUAAGCACAUGAUGUUUUUAUUAUCAUAAAUGUUGUUUCUGUAGCAAAAAAAAAAAAAAAUGUUCUCAUGAAAAUAUUUGAAACGAACAAAAUCUGUCUUUUUUUGGGCAUUAUACAUCAUGUCAUUGUUAUUUUUAAAUGAACUUUAUUUUUUAGCUCACCUGUCACAUAGUGACAAGGUGAGCUUUUGUGAUCACGCAGCGUCCGUCGUCCGUCCGUCCGUGCGUUAGUCCGUCCGUCCGUAAACUUUUGCUUGUGACCACUCUAGAGGUCACAUUUUUUGUGGGAAUUUUAUGAAAGUUGGUCAGAAUGUUCAUCUUGAUGAUAUCUAGGUCAAGUUCGAAAGUGGGUCACGUGCCAUCAAAAACUAGGUCAGUAGGUCUCAAAAUAGAAAAACCUUGUGACCUCUCUAGAGGCCAUAUAUUUCACAAAAUCUUCAUGAAAAUUGGUCAGAAUGUUCAUCUUGAUGAUAUCUAGGUCAAGUUCGAAACUGGGUCACAUGCCGUCAAAAACUAGGUCAAUAGGUCUAAAAAUAGAAAAACCUUGUGACCUCUCUAGAGGCCAUAUGUUACAAAAGAUCUUCAUGAAAAUUGGUUAGAACGUUCACCUUGAUGAUAUCUAGAUUAAGUUCGAAACUGGGUCACGUGCCUUCAAAAACUAGGUCAGUAGAUCUAAAAAUAGAAAAACCUUGUGACCUCUCUAGAGGCCAUAUUUUUCAUGGGAUCUGUAUGAAAAUUGGUCAGAAUGUUCAUCUUGAUGAUAUCUAGGUCAAGUUCGAAAGUGGGUCACGUGCCAUCAAAAACUAGGUCAGUAGGUCAAAUAAUAGAAAAACCUUGUGACCUCUCUAAAGGCCAUAUUUUUCAUGGGAUCUGUAUGAAAGUUUGUCUGAAUGUUCAUCUUGAUGAUAUCUAGGUCAAGUUCGAAACACGGUCAUGUGCGGUCAAAAGCUAGGUCAGUAGGUCUAAAAAUAGAAAAACCUUGUGACCUCUCAAGAGGCCAUACUUAUGAAUGGAUCUCCAUAAAAAUUGGUAAGAAUGUUCAUCUUGAUGAUAUGUAGGUCAAGUUCGAAAGUGGGUCACGUGCCUUCAAAAAGUAGGUCAGUAGGUCAAAUAAUGAAAAAACGUUGUGACCUCUCUAGAGGCCAUAUUUUUCAUGGGAUCUGUAUGAAAGUUGGUCUGAAUGUUAAUCUUGAUGAUGUAUAGGUCAAGUUUGAAACUGGGUCAACUGCGAUCAAAAACUAGGUCAGUAUGUCUUGAAAUAGAAAAACCUUGUGACCUCUCUAGAGGCCAUACCCUUGAAUGGAUCUUCAUGAAAAUUGGUCAGAGUGUUCACCUUGAUGAUAUCUAGGUCAAGUUUGAAACUGGGUCACGUGCCUUAAAAAACUAGGUCAGUAGGUCAAAUAAUAAAAAAACCUUGUGACCUCUCUAGAGGCCAUACUUUUCAUGGGAUCUGUAUGAAAGUUGAUCUGAAUGUUCAUCUUGAUGAUAUCUUGGUCAAGUUUGAAACUGGGUCAACUGCGUUCAAAAACUAGGUCAGUAGGUCUAAAAUUAUUAAAAUCUUUUGACCUCUCUAGAGGCCAUAUUUUUCAAUUGAUCUUCAUGAAAAUUGAUCUGAAUGUUCACCUUGAUGAUAUCUAGGUCAGUUUCAAAACUGGGUCAAGUGCGAUCAAAAACUAGGCCAGUAGAUAUAAAAAUAGAAAAACCUUGUGACCUCUCUAGAGGCCAUAUUUUUCACGAGAUCUUCAUGAAAAUUUGUGAGAAUGUUCACCUUGAUGAUAUCUAGGUAAAGUUCAAAACAGGGUAAUGUAUCUUCGAAAACUAGGUCAUUAGGUCAAAUAAUAGAAAAACCUUGUGACCUCUCUAGAGACCAUAUUUUUCAAUGGAUCUUCAUGAAAAUUGGUCAGAAUUUGUAUCUUGAUAAUAUCUAGAUCAAGUUCAAAACUGGGUCACAUGAGCUCAAAAACUAGGUCACUAUGUCAAAUAAUAGAAAAAACGACGUCAUACUCAAAACUGGGUCAUGUGGGAAGAGGUGAGCGAUUCAGGACCAUCGUGGUCCUCUUGUUAUUAUUGGCCGUAGGGAAAACCGAGACCACUUUUCUGUGGUACAACAUGGAUGGUACCUCCAAUUUUUAGGUGUAUUUUGACAUAUCUGUACCUUUUAAGAUUUUUUUUUUCUUUUUGGUUAAAUUUCUUCCCUUUGUUGUUCCUGUCCUUUGGACUUAGAUAUUUUUUCUGAGGACCUUCUUGUCCUCAAGUGCAAUGAUAACAGGUGAGCGAUAUAGGGCCAUCAUGGCCCUCUUGUUUUACACAAAAUAAGGUGUCAUGAGAAGUUUAGCUUGCUUUAAUUUGCUACUAAACCAACAUUUAUGAUUUUAAAGGGAGAUUACAUAUUUUUCAUCUUUUAUUUUUUAUCCCCAUCUUCUCUGGGAUUCUUUAGAAAGGAAUGGAUAUAUAAGAACGGAGGGCACUUGCUGAAUAUACCUGGCCUUAUGCUUUUUUUUUAGUUGUUCAGUAUUUACAUUUUACUUUUUUUUCUCAUUCAUACAGUAUGUACUGCUGUUGUUGUCGUCGUCCAAUAAAAAAAACACUGGGUGA